UGUUCGGAUGAGGCCAAAAACGAGACAAAUUCGCGACAGAUUCGCCAAGUGUUGUUUUUACAUUUUCAUUGUAUUUUCCAAUUCAAUAUAUUUUGCAAAUUGCUUGCGCCAUUAAUAUUCACAACAAUCCGAGUGCAGUGGCUCACAUGAAAAUAACGAUCUUGUCGUGUCGAAUCAAAGCAACUGCAACGACGACAGCACUUUGCGAUGGAGCUGGAGAGUUUUAUGCAGGCUUCGGUGUCGCCCAACAGCAAACGCUUUGUUGUCGAGGACUCAAUUACUAAGGUGACCUCCGAUGGAGAACCACACGCCAUGAUGACCAUGGUGGCAGGUUUGUCGGGCCUAUUAGCAGCCAUUAUAAUACUGGCAGUGCUCGUUUCCAUGGUGGCCUGUCGCAAGCACAAAACCAAGAAGCAACAACAGCAGCAGGAAAAUAACAAUAGGAUCUUGUCUGGCGCUGUGGCCAUGACAAGUGUCGAAGUGUCGCAGCCACAGUUGGCGGGCAAUUUGAAUGCCGCAUUUGCUGAGAGCACACUCAACUUGGGCGACGAUGCUAAGGAUGCGCAACAACAAUCCACAGCGAUUAUUGUGGAACGCUAUUGAAGCAAUUGAUUAAUCGGACAACUGGCAAUUGUUGAAUUAAUAGCGAUUUGUGAAUGAGGAAAAAUGCAUGCACGUGAUGUUUGUGAACACAUGAGACUGACGCUGUGAUGGUGGCCACCACCGCCAUCGCCACUUAGAAAAUUAAGUAAAAAGUAUAUUCGUUUUUUUUUUGUUACAUAUAUACAUAUCUAUAUAUCUAUGCUACUCGAAAGUAAUCAUUGUACAUAAAUUUAUAUGAGUGAGUGCAGUGUAUGUUUUCUCAUUUGAGUUGCAGCUGCAAAUUAAUAUUUUCAAUAUUUUUCACUUACCA